AUGCCUCUGCAGCAGAACGAUUUUGACAGCGGCAUUUUCGUCUGCCAGUACAUUCAUGCGCUUGUGGAGGCGUGCUUCGAGGGUGCAGAGAACGGGGUCCGGUUCAGCAUGAGCCCAUUGGCGUAUCGGCGUGGAUUACGGGAGGAUGUAUGCGCUCUUGCAGAAGGUCGGCUGAUCGGCGAGCUCACGGCAGCUGGGCAUGAGAUCCCUCGUGGCAAUGAGAUACGGAAACCACAUGACCCCGAUGUGAUUGGUGAUGAGGUGGAGGAUAGGGAGUGGAGAGCGGAGAUGGCAGAACGGAUGCAUAGACUGGAGCAUGAUGGUGCCGCUGUAGGGGAGGGACGUGGUGAUGUGGCAGCGGACGGUGGACCUGUGGCAGUCAUGGGUGCCCUAAAUGCUGACACACAUGACAGCAUUAGAGGUGCACAUGGUGAGGUUCCUGUGGCUGACGUUGAGAUGGGUGAAGGAGUGAAUGUCAGUGUGCGUGAAGGUGGUGGCGAGGGUGUUAUGGCUGACGGUGCGAAGAGGGACAAUGAAAAAGUGGGGGUGCGUGAUGCAGGUGCUGGAGGCUUGAUGGGUAUUACGGAUGGUAACAGAGGUGCUGCAGAGGCAGUGGGUACGGGGCAUGGUGUGACAGCCUCGAACGUGGAUGUGGAUUUGGUGUCUGCACGCAGCGCAGGGACUGAGACGACGAGUCGCAACACUGCGCGUGGGCGAGCUCCUAGCUCAGGUUAUACAGGUGUAAGCAAACGGGAAGGUAAGUGGGCGGCACGACUGUGCAUAGAUAGCACUAAUAACACGUUUCUUGCGCUGGGACGGUACACCAAUAUCCUGGAUGCCGCUACAGCAUAUGCAGCAGCCGCUUACAUCUGCCGACCGUCCCUCUUUAGUUCCAAGGUGGUGGAGUUGAGCGAGGAGGAUAGGAGGUGUCUGGAUGGUUUGACGCCGCAAGGGGUUGAAAGAAUUGUGGAUGCCAAGCGGUGGCCGGAGUGGAGGAACUGGCGUGUAGUGCUCAGCAGCCUCCCUGAGCCUUCCACCCCAGCGCCAGCAGGAGUUCACACACAGUCUACACCUCCCUUUCCCCACCAGCACCCUGGAGCCUCGUGUAGCAACUACCCGCAGCCAACUGCCGCCUUCGCGGGACACGUCGUUGCCUACAUACGCCCUGGUGGAUGGCAGCCGUACACCCAGAGCCACCCUCCCUCCAACCUCCAUUAUCCAUCGCAGCAAUAUGCAUUCAACCAAAUCCCAAUCCAUCCAUUCGGCCAGGUGCAAGCACACCUGUCUGUGUACACCCAGCACGUUCAGUACCCAACCUUGCAGGCCUUGCUGCAGCACAAAACACAGCACCCCUUCGGCAUGUCCUACCCACACCACCAGUCGUUGCACCCAACACGACACAUCCUGUUACUGACCCACAAGCCCAACAAGUUCCGCCCGCUGACCAAACUGCGCAGGCCAGGGUAG